UUGCUGUUGUUUGUGUUCGCAACAAUGAUGCUGCGCGCCAGCACCACCGCGCCCCGCGUUGCCGCCGCUCGCCCAUCCCAACGGAACGUGCGCGUGAUGGCCGCAGCCUCCACAACGCAGCUGAGCCAGGAUGAGCUGAAGAAGCUGGCAGCUUGGAAGGCGGUGGAUUAUGUUAAGAGCGGCAUGGUGGUCGGCCUGGGCACGGGCUCUACUGCUGCUUUUGCUGUGGACCGCAUUGGCCAGCUGCUGAAGGAGGGCAAGCUCACCAAUAUCGUAGGCGUUCCUACUUCCAUCCGCACCUACGAGCAGGCUCUUUCCCUUGGGAUCCCGCUCGCAACGCUUGACGAGCAGCCAAAGCUGGACGUUGCGAUUGAUGGUGCGGACGAGGUCGACCCCAACCUGGACGUGGUCAAGGGCCGUGGUGGCGCCCUGCUGCGCGAAAAGAUGGUGGAAAUGGCCUCAGCGAAGUUCGUUUGCAUUGUCGAUGACUCUAAGUUGGUGGACGGCCUGGGCGGCAGCAAGCUUGCAAUGCCGGUGGAGAUUGUGCAGUUCUGCCACAAGUACACCCUGCAGCGCCUGCAGAACCUGCCAGAGGUUAAGGGCUGCGAGGCCAAGCUCCGCAUGAACGGCGACAAGCCUUACGUCACGGACAACAGCAACUACAUCGUGGACCUGUACUUCCAGACCCCGAUUGUUGACUCGCACGCUGCCUCCAAGGCGAUUCUUGCUCUGGAAGGUGUUGUGGACCACGGCCUGUUCCUGGAUAUGGUUGAUGUGUGCAUUAUUGCCGGUGCCAAUGGGGUGGAGGUGAAGGAGCGCCCGAAGCCGAAGCACUGAUCACCUAGCCUGCUAAGAGCUGACCAGUCCUAAGCUGCGUGCAGUAGAGCUGGCUAUGAUUCUGAUGCGUCGAUCUCUAGCUCUUCAUCAGUGUGGUCCGAAUUAACUGGUUAACGGUUGUGGGUUAACGGUUAGUAGUCGAAUCUUCAAGGGGAAGGGCAACGGACCUGCAUGGAUUUGAGAGCUUGUUAUGAAACUUGCUGUGUGCUCCUGGCCAGACAUAACACCCAUAUUGCAUGUUGUGGUUUGGGGAAUGGCACCCUGGAGACGCGUGGGCGGUUAUUAAUCGCUCCCUGCUUCAAAGGGUUUUUCCUCCCUUGACCCUGGUAGGUAGGGAAUUUUAGGGUUUGCCUAACGAUCUGCCUUUGGGUUUUGGCCAACGCUCUGUGUAACUUCUUUUACUCUCCU